GCAAGGUUGAGGUCGCGGCUCGUGUUGAAUCGAGUGUGUGUUAAAGAGUGUGUGUUAAAGAGUGUGUGUUAAAGAGUGUGUCUUAAAGAGUGUGUGUUAAAGAGUGUAUGUUUUUUAUUUCUAGUUGUCGCUACCCGUGUUCCACUUUCUGCGUUUCUCAUGGCGUGUAGCUAUGGUGUGUAAUGAUGGUGGGAAAUUAAGGUGUGUAAUGAUGGUGUGUAGUCGUGGCGUUUAGCAAAACGCCGUUUAGUUAUUGUGUUAUAGUUAUGGCGUUGUAGUUAUAGAGCUGUAAACAUGGCGCGUGCCCAGCUCCUGUGUGUACUACAUUGGUUAAGUCAUCAAGUUCUUUCCCACGCUGUAAUACAUCGUACUAGCACUGAAUCAACUCAAAGACCUUUAGCAUAAUAAAUGCAACUUUAAUAUAUCAUGAAUAUUCACAGUCUGUUUAUUCCAUAAACACACGAAUCGCGCAGCUCGCUAUCAGACAGAGAAAUCAAACACAAUCUCCUGUCACAAAGUUCCUCUCAAGACUGGCAGUCGAAUCAAAUGUUUACUUCACACAACAGACUAGACGAUACGUCAUAACAAUCCUAAGCAUACGUCACCAAGUCUAGCGCGGGAAGAGCGUUCACUAACCAAUUAAUCUCUCAAGAACACACCGCGCCAAAUCAAACAUAAUAUCAAGUGGCAACAAUCAUUAAGGAACUCUCAUACUCAACCGCUUGUUGUAAUGGAAUGUAAACAUGGCGCUGUAGUCAUGACACGUAGUCUAUAUUUUAUUAUUAGGAUUUUUAAAUGUAAGUUUGUUUUCAACUUUUUUCCCCUGACUUUUAUGUUAAACAGUAUUUUUGAAUGGGUUUAUCAGUGUUUGAAUGACUGUGUUUAGGUUUAACAUGAGUUCAUUGUCAAACCCUUCCAAACUUUUAUAUUUUAACAAAUUUCAUUUUUCUGUUUCAGACGUGAUUUCGCACCGUCAUGUUUCACCAGCACUCCCCUAUUUUCGAUUGCCUCCUCCUCCUCCUUGGUGUGGCCAUCCUCACUCCCUAUGUACUCUCGGAAACAUUUGGACAGUCCAAGCUCGUGUACGAGUGGACCACACUUGAACUGGACUGGCCAUCGGACACCGACAAAGCAGAGGCGUUGAGAAAUGGCAGCUUUGUGCCAGAGAGGAACGUCAUCGCUGGGAUAAAGGUAACAGGAACCAUAUGCCCUCUACAUUUACUUCACAAAACUCCCUACAAUGCCCUCUACAUUUUACUUCACAAAACUCCCUACAAUGGCCUCCAUUUUACUCUACAUACGUCUUCUACAUUGCCCUGCAUAUUCCUCCAUGCUGCCCUGCAUAUGCCCUAUACUGCCAUGCAUAUGCCCUCCAUAAUGCGCUGUAUAUGCUCUUUUUAUAGCCCUACGUAUGUUAAAAUGCAUAUGCAAUGUCUCUUCUAUAGGUCAUCUGAAUACCUGUUUAACAUACGCAGUAGAGCUCAUGGUCCACUGUAAUACACAUUCACAUUGAUCCACUGUAAUACACAUUCACAUUGAUCCACUGUGAUACACAUUCACAUUGAUCCACUGUGAUACACAUUCACAUUGAUCCACUGUGAUACACAUUCACAUUGAUCCACUGUGAUAAACAACACAGUAAGGAUAUUGAUACACUUUAAAAAAAUAGGAUUUUUGUUUUUAAAUUUAUUUGUUUUAAUUUUAUAUAAAUUUUAAAGGGAGAAUAUAAGGGAAUCAUUUUUUUAUUUAAAUAACCUAAGUCUUCUCCCUUUAAUUAUUUUCUGUUUCUGCAUAUGGAAAGCAUGUCCAGCAACCGAGGGCGAAUUAUUGACCUAAAACGACAACAUAUAGUCUAACCAAAGUAACUUCACCGCUCAAACGUGUACCUCGGUUUGCAUAGUCGUACGUAAUUGGUUAAUUGUACAUUCAUUAGGAUAACUGGAAUCAAUAAGUUGUGCUCAGCCCUACCGUCACUGAAAGAGCAACAAAUAUUUCCAGGAUGUAUCAGCGAUCAUUUCUUUUUUUUUUUUUUUUAACGGUGUGUCAAUGGCGGAAAAACCUAAAACUAAACUUGUGCAAGACAUAGAAAGUUAAUGCUAGUUGAAAUAAUGAGAGAUGCUUCACAGUUGCUACAUACACAGAUGCUACAUAGAUGCUACACAGUCCGAUGAUGUUUGUACAUAAAUACAGAAAACGCAAAUGUGGUAUAGAAAUGAUUUUAUUAUUUUAUGUAAAAUAAACCUUUCUUGGGUUAAAAAAUCAUCACUUUUUUUAAAAAAUAAAAAGACAACAUUUUUUUGUUCUGAAAACAGAUGUCAAUCAACUCACGUAUUUAUAAAACUUUCCACAGGUCUACAAGAAUGAUGUCUAUUUGACCGUCCCACGAUGGAGCUGGACAUCCGGGGUUCCAAUUACACUAGCCAAGGUCGUUAUGGUUCAAGGUCAGCCGAAACUUCACCCUUUCCCCGACUGGGCCACCCAAAGGCAAGGCGACUGCCGAUCUCUCCAGUAUGUUCAGAGUAUGGAAAUUGACCCCAACACUGGACUCCUCUACGCCAUCGACACGGGACGAGUUGGGAUCGGGUUUGGGUUGAACCCACUUAAUCUGUGCCCACCGAAACUCGUCGUGUUUGACCUGAACACCAGACAGGAAGUAGACAGGUACGAGUUUCCGGCAAAUGUUGUCAGCAAAGAUACCAACUUUCUCAACGACCUCGCCCUUCAUUACGUCGACGGGCGAGUCAGGUACGCGUACAUCAGUGACGUCGGUGAAGAGCUUCUCCACGUUUAUGAUUUCGAGACCCGCUCCGCCCACAAUUUUAAGGACCCUUCAAUGCUUACAGAAAGUGGCAAUGGAAGCAUCUUACACAUCAACGGUAAAGAUUAUCCUUUUAAAGUCGCCGUGGAUGGCGUUGCCAUUUCUCCAGACUUCAAAUAUCUGUACUUCUGUCCCCUCAGCGGCUACAAUCUUUAUCAAAUCCCAACAUCGGCGCUGACCACUCCUACAGCAACAAAAUCCGCAAAGCCGAGGUUGGUGGGCAAGAAGGUCGCACAAAGUGGUGGAAUCGCCUACGGUAACAGAAAACUUUACUUCGGAGCCAUGGGGAUGAACGCGGUGUACUACUGGGACGUCCAGGCGGAUCAGCUGACGCAAAAGGUCGCCACUUCCGCCGUAAAGAUGGUGACACAGAGAGAAGUUGUCCGUAACGAUGCAACCAUGCAGUGGCCGGAUACCUUGGCGUUUGACAACCAGGGUUGGCUGUGGUUCGUGUCCAACCGUCUCCAGCUGUUCGUCACCGGUUCUAUGGACUUCACCGGAAGUGAUGGCGUCAAUAUGAGAGUCUGGAAAGUGUUUGUUAAUGAGACGGGUUACUUGCAUGACGCGGAUGUACGUACCAGGGCUGGGGCUUCUAACCAGGGAGGCAAUGCCCGGGACUGUGGGAAGACCCACGAAAUCAGUUUAUCUGCAUUUGUGUUAGUAUUUUUGAUCGUGGGGUUGCGUGAAAUGUAUUUUUAAAUUUGAAACGAGAAUGCUGGAAAUGUUUUUGAAAUCAUGACGGGGUACUGCACUGCAAUAAGUUUGAGAUUCCCUGUAAUUUGACAACUGAUAUUGUUAGAAUUUAUCUUUUUAGCAAUACUAAAACCAAAUGCCAUGGGAAUAUUUUAAAAAGACCAAAUUAUCGCCAACUUGAAGUAUUACGUUUUUCAUACAGUUAGCACAUGCAAUAAAAAUCUAAACAAAUUCAAUUAUUGUUUUGCGAAUAAUUUUAUUGAUAUUAAUUGAUGGAACAUGUUCCUAAACCCUCAGUUGUAAGAAAAGGGAACUAUUUGUUUACUCUUCUCUGGGAUUGCAUUUGAUUCUAAAUUUGAGUCAUGUCUUUAGAGCAGUGGUUCCCAAACUUUUAGACUCGUGGAACCCUUUUUGAAUAACUUUUUUUAUCAGGGUGCCUCUUAUGCCUACUUUAUUUUUUUUUAAAACCCUCUUAAAGUAGGCACGGAGGGAGCAGUCGUGGUGCCACUAAGAAAGGUACACGAAGCUCAUUAAGGCUCCUCUAAGGAAAGAAUGGGAACCACUGCCUUAGAAAAUAUAAUUAAAGAAUUAAAGAUAAUUUUUCUUGAAACCUCUGGGCAA